AUGAAAGACCUUGCCACACAGACUUGCCCUAGAACAAGGAGGUUCUGUCGACGUUCGCCUUGCUCUUGUGAAGACUCGGAGACCGCCCGGGGAACCUUCCCCUGCUCCGGAACACCGGGUUGGCGCAGAAACCCAAGAGUCGUUGUCCUGGGCCUCCGCUGCUUUCCACACGGGGGACGCGGGCUUCCGCCCCCUGCGGUCCUUCUGAGCCCCGCCCCGAGCCUGCGGGUGUCUGAGCCCGCGACGUCCCCGCCUCCCUGCGCGCGCGUGGCGGGUGGGUUCCUCGGAGGUCCGCGGCGGAGCGCGCUCAGCACCGGGAGCGCAGGCCGCGCAGGCCGGCCCUGCGGGCUCCCGCCCGUGCACCUGUCGGCUUCCCCCUGCGGCUGUGCUGCCGGCCCUGCGCGCCGCGCGUCCGUCGCUCUCCGCGGCCCGUGCCAGAGGGGUCUGUCUGUCCCCUUGGCGAGGAGGACCGAGAGGGGCCGGCGUCAACGCGACGUGCAGCGGGGCGGGCGGAGUGGGGGCGGCGCCGAGCGCGGCAGCGGCAAGCGGCAGCGGCGGCGCGGGAGGCGGGGAGGCGCGGCGCGCGGAGGACAGCGGCUGACGGCGGCAUGCGGCGGCUCAUGCUGCCCACCGUGGGCUAAGGCGGCCGCAGACGGGCGGCAGGCGCGGCGGCCGGGCAAGCCGAGGGCGCAGCCAAGCCGCGCGCACCGCGCACAGCGGCCGGGGCUCCGCGCAAUGGGCCGAGCUGGAGGCGGGGGCCCGAGCCGGGGGCCGCCGCCAGCGCUGCUGCUUCUGGGGGCCACGCUGGUCCUCACCGCUGGGGCCGUGCCGGCACGCGAAGCAGGCAGCGCAAUCGAGGCUGAAGAGCUGGUAAGGAGCGGCCUUGCAUGGAAGCCGCGUGCCAAUGACACGCGGGAGGAAGCCGGCCUGGCCGCAGCUGGGGAAGAUGAGACCUCGUGGACAGCGCCCGGCAGUGAGCUGGCUGCGGUGGGCCCUGGGGUCGGGCCAGAGGAGGCACUGGAGGCAUCGGCUGCGGUGACUGGCACUGCCUGGCUGGAGGCAGAUAGCCCAGGCCUGGGUGGAGUGACUGCAGAGGCUGGCAGUGGUGACGCCCAGACCCUCCCAGCUACGCUCCAGGCUCCUGAUGAGGCCCUUGGGUCGUCUACAGUGCCCCCUGCCAUUCCUGAGGCUACUGAAGCCAGUGGACCUCCCUCCCCCACUACCCACGAUAAGCCGAGCCCAGGCUCUGAACUCCCUAAGGAGAAACCCUUGGAGGUUUGGCUGAACCUAGGAGGCAGCACACCUGACCCUCAAGGGCCAGAGCCCACUUAUCCCCUUCAAGGCACUCUAGAAACCCAACCAGCCUCAGAUAUAAUUGACAUCGACUACUUUGAAGGAUUGGAUAGUGAGGGUCGUGGUGCAGACAUGGGCAGCUUCCCAGGGUCACCAGGAGCCUCAGAGAAUCACCCUGAUACUGAAGGAGAGACCCCUUCCUGGAGCCUGCUUGACUUAUAUGAUGACUUCACCCCCUUUGAUGAGUCUGAUUUCUACCCUACCACAUCCUUCUAUGAUGAUUUGGAAGAGGAGGAAGAGGAAGAGGAGGAUGAUAAGGAUGCAGUGGGAGGUGGAGACCUGGAAGAUGAAAAUGACCUUCUCCUGCCCUCUCAAAAGCCUGGUGUGGGCCCUGGGACAGGACAGCCCACCAGUCGGUGGCAUGCUGUUCCUCCACAGCAUACUCUGGGCAUGGUCCCUGGCAGCAGCAUCUCUCUCAGGCCCCGCCCAGGAGAUCCGGGCAGGGACCUGGCCUCAGGCGGAAAUGGCACAGAGUGCCGAGUUGGCUUUGUCAGGCACAAUGGCUCCUGCCGGUCAGUGUGUGACCUCUUCCCAAGUUACUGUCACAAUGGCGGCCAGUGCUACCUGGUGGAGAACAUAGGGGCUUUCUGCAGGUGUAACACCCAGGACUACAUCUGGCACAAGGGCAUGCGCUGUGAGUCCAUCAUCACCGACUUCCAGGUGAUGUGCGUGGCCAUUGGCUCGGCUGCUCUUGUGCUGCUCCUGCUGUUCAUGAUGACUGUCUUCUUUGCCAAGAAGCUCUAUCUGCUCAAGACUGAGAAUACCAAGCUGCGGAGGACCAACAAAUUCCGGACCCCAUCUGAACUCCACAACGAUAACUUCUCCCUCUCCACCAUUGCCGAGGGCUCUCAUCCAAAUGAUGACCCCAGCGCUCCCCACAAAAUCCAGGAAGCUCUCAAGUCCUGCCUGAAGGAGGAAGAGUCCUUCAACAUCCAGAACUCCAUGUCACCCAAACUUGAGGGUGGCAAAGGGGACCAAGAGGACUUGGAGGAGGGGAAAACACUUAAAAUAAGCAAAGAAACUGAGCAGGAUUGCAUAUAUUGGAUCGUUUUGUCUGCUGUCUGUACAUUGCUUCUGCAGCUGUGAUUUCUAAACCUCUGCUGUUAUUCAACUGACUUUUUUUUUGUACUUUGACCCACCUUUUUUUGGAAUACCAGUUAAAAAACGAGGUUCUUGAAAUAAAA